AAGCAGCUUGCAAUAACAGUCAUUGUCAAUAUUGUCAUUCAGUGUUUCACGAACAAAAAUAAUAAAUAAAAAUAGUGAAACGCUGACUCCAAGAAAUCACAAUGGUUAUUAAUCUUUACAUCAUAUUUUCCGUGGUCAUGACAUUAUCAAGUCUCGCAGCGUCAUUUCCGUCUUUGAAUGAUUUCGACGAACACGACGAACACCAACAUCAUUCGCAAGUUUCAAAUUCUUAUCACUUCAAGUACGCCGUUCACGACCCGGUGACCGGUGACGAGAAAAGCCACAACGAAGUUAGUGACGGACAUGGCACGGUCAAGGGGACGUACAGUCUAGUCGAACCAGACGGUUCCAUUCGUGUAGUGGAGUACACGGCUGAUGACGUCCACGGCUUCAGAGCCGAAGUCAAGAAAAUCCAACCGCAGCAUAAACCCUCGUCUACAGAACACACAUUUGACUUGGCCGAGCAUAAGGUGCCAUAUUUCCCAAACCCAACGAUCAUGAAAUGAUUUCGUCAAACUGAGAAUAUUAUUUUGUUUCAAUAUUUUUAUGAUGACAUGUCAUAAUAGUAUGCAGCAAGCCUAGUUUUAGAGACUUGCAUCAUUGUUUUGUAUAUUAUAAUAAUUAUGCUAUUGUAUGAAUAUAUAUUAUUUUUGCCAUUUUUA